GGCCGCAGCUGGGUGGCCAGGCUGAGGCAGCAAGAGAAGGUCCCUGACGGGGUGGGGACAUGCCUCCUGCCCACUGCAGGUGACCACACACACUCAGCGCUCACCAGGGUGGCCGCUGGGCUGCGACCUUCACACCCUGAUGUACGGCUGCAGCUGCUCUCACUCUCAACCCCUUCUCAGCAGCUCUGCCUCAAGUUUCCACAUGCCACGCUCCUUAGACUUACCAGUCUUUCUCACGUUUAUCUGAAAAGCUGAUGGGAUGGCAACCUUCUCACCAACGUGAGCAUUCCCUGGUCCUUUCCCAGGCUGCAGUGGAUUCUCUGCAAACGCAGCCCCACACGCUUGUGCCCAGAAGAGCCAUCACUGGAGACAUCUUCUCCUCCCACUCAACCCUGUCCCCAUCUGGGGCCUCUUUCUCUCUCCUCUGAGUCUCAGCUGAGUGGGACAAGCAAACAUGCUGCUGCUGGCAGCACUUGUGGCCACUGCUGCUUGGUCUGAUGUAUUUGCACAGGAAAUUCCCAUACAGACCCCUAUAUCCAUUACCAAAUUCAAGAAAACUGCACGGAUGUAUUGUGAAAUCAAAAACUUACCAACAAGUUUUGAUAGUACUGUCAUACACUGGUAUAAACGGAAGGAGAAUGAAGCUCCAGAGAGGCUUCUGUUCUUUGCAGAAGGGAAAACUUCAGUGGAAAGUGGCUUUCAAAAAGACAGGUACAGAGCUGAAAGGGUUUCCAACCAGAAUCGGUGUGUUCUUAUGAUAAAGGAUGUCAUUCCAGACGAUGCUGGCAUGUACUACUGCGCCUACUGGAACCCUACCACAUGGAUUAAAUACUUUGGUACAGGAACUAAGCUAAUUAUCUCCGACAAGGGGAAUUCUAAACCAGACAGCUCUGAAAUCCUGCAGACGAAGCAUAAAGAUCAACUACUCUAUGUUUGUCUUAUUGAGAAUUUCUACCCAGAAGUUAUUCGGGUGCAAUGGGUCGAUGAAGCAGAUAAGGAGGUAACAGAAAAUGUAGUAAAAGGAGACAUCUGGAAAUCUACAAAUGAUAAGUACUCAAUCAGCACCUGGUUAACUUUACCAGCGAAUACGACGAACAAGAACUAUUAUUGCAAAUAUGAGCACGAAAGUCAAGAGAAUUUUAAACUCCACAUUCAUGAUUCUUCAGAGACUCCUUCUCAGGAAGAGUACUGCAGCAAAUAUUCUGGAAACAGCACAGUUUUUUACAAAGAUUACUUGAUGCACAGGGCGGCACAUCUAGUAUACCUUGUCCUUCUUCUGAAAAGCUCCAUGUACUAUGUCAUCGUACUCUUCUUCAUAUACAGAACGAGGACUCCAGCUAAGCUCCCAGGAAAGAAAACAUAAAUGUUGGUGUUGGAAAGGUUUACAAAAUCAUCUUCAAUUUGCUUUGCUAUUUACUUAUUCACAUAGGUUCCCCUGCUCUCAGUGCUAAAUACAACAAAGAAACAGUCCCAAGAGAACUUACUGGCAUUAGUGUGCAGGGCUUGCUGCGCUUUACCACUAGUGGUUUCCUAUCGGCCUUUUUUUUCUCACUUUUUCUGAGUAAUGAACUGAGGGGGAGGCGGGCAAUCAGAGUAAGGCUACAUAGCUUGUGUUUUAAUAGAAGUUCUGUAUUGCAAGAUGAAGGUUCUCAUACUAAAUGUGGUUUCAGAUGCGUAAGUUUAGAGCAUAGAAACAUAUAAAGCAGAGGUGCAUUUUAUGAUUGCUUUUAAGGCUUAGUUAGGAGCAUUUCAGUGCUGUAAACUCAUAGAUAUUUGUUCAUUUUUGCUUUCAAUGUUUUAUUGCAACUUGUAUGUAUCCACCAAAUCAGGACUUGAAUAUUCUGUAAUGAUAUGUGCUUUAAGAGAGUCGAUUAAACAUGAUUUUAAAAAGCAAGCAUAAUAUUUUGUAACAGUUAGAUGAGUAAAAAAGCAAUUCAAAGGUGCACAUCUACAGAAAUUUAAGAAAGUCACCAGGCCAUAGGGCAGUACUGUCACACAAACUGAAAACCUGCACGCCAUAUUUUUAAAGAUGCAAAAUGAUUGCAAUGGUAAUUUUGUUUAGAGAAAACUUUUCAAAUUAAGAAAAACUUUAAAUCUGAUGCUUCAGUGGAGAAACUGUUUUCACAGUAGAGGAAAAACUUCGUCUCCAAGUAGUCCCUUUCAAAAUCCUGUGAAAAAUUAGAAGUAGAAGCACUGGGGUAAAGUACUUGUUCAUUUGGGGGCUAAUGAUUUCCACAAGUUUGGAGAUGAAUGCCUGUACCAAAUCUGUAAUGACAAGAGCAAUAAAAGCUUUUCUUCAGAUGUA